GUGGAGACCUCCAGUGGAGUUGGAGACGAGAUGAGGAUGUCCUUGCGAGCACGAGACAAGAGCUGCGAAGCCGGCGAGAACGCGGUGGCACAGGAGUCCUGCGAGGACGCAGCAGGCGCUGGGCGCCUUUCGCAAGGCUUCGAAAGGCUUCUGGAAGCGUGCCGGAAAACGACUUCCCCAGAUGAGCGGAUGGACAUCGUGAAGGCCUGGAAGUGGAAGCAGCUGGCAGGUGAUGCCCACGCUGAGGACAUGGCUACGUUUGUUCAGGCCCUCUUCGACUGUGCGGAUCUCCAGGGUGGCCUGGAGAACAGCGACGUCGACCUGAUGCGGGCUCAAGUCAUGGAGCACUGGCAACUCCUCACUGAGGGCAUCUCGGCCUCGAAGCUCCCAGGAGAGCGACUCGGCGGAGCCAACUUGGCGACGUCCAAGGCCGAGGCAGCAAGCUCCAGAGAGGGCGUCGUCGGACAUCCCCGGUUGGCGCCAGUCGAGCAAGCGGGCGAUGUCGGUGCGACUGAUGACAAGGUUCCUCCGGAUCCUGACGGCAAGCCAUCGCCGCAGCCACAACUUGUUCAGCUCGGGCCGGAGGUCUUCAGAACGAGCUCCAAGCUGCUCAGAGAGCUCAGCGACCUCUUCGAAAACGCCUGGGCGCGGCCAGGCGCCGACUUCCAACCAGAAGUGGUGAGCAUUUGCGAGAUCUGGAAGCGAAAGCAGCUGAAGCUCCAUGCUGGAGCACCUGGCUUGGAGACAUGGAUUGAUGCGGUGCUGCAUUCUGUCAACACGGCUUUAGAGCUGGAGGCAGGGACGGCGGAGGGGACGUUGCGCGGCGAUGUGGACACCGGUCGUCUUCAAACGAAGCUGCAGGAAGCUGUGCAGAAACACAUCCCGGCCGCACUGAAGGCCACCCCGAAGGAGAGGUCCACCUCCUCCAGGCAGCCCGCAAGGCUCCGGGAGAAGAGGAACCGAGCCUUGCUGACGGCCGGGGACCUGCUCACGCAGGAGAAGUGA